GCCCGCCCGCCCGCCCGCUGGGAGCUGUCCAGUGCUGAAACCCCGCGAAGACAGCCAAUCGCGCCCGGCUGGCUGCCUCCCCCCACUCGGGCCCCACGCAAGUGCCCCCGCUGAGCCCCCCGCCAGUUGCACCAUGCCGCGCUCCUUCCUGGUAAAGAAGAUCAAAGGGGACGGCUUCCAGUGCAGCGGGGUGCCGGCGCCCACUUACCACCCCUUGGAGACCGCCUACGUGCUUCCUGGCGCCCGAGGGCCGCCCGGGGACAACGGUUAUGCUCCUCACUGCCUGCCCCCCAGCAGCUACGAUGCCGACCAGAAGCCAGGCCUGGAGAUGGCGCCCGCUGAACCCGCGUACCCGCCGGCGGCCCCGGAGGAGUACAGCGACCCCGAGAGCCCGCAGUCCAGCCUGUCGGCGCGCUACUUCCGCGGGGAGGCGGCCGUGACCGACAGCUACUCCAUGGACGCUUUCUUCAUCUCAGACGGGCGCUCGCGGCGGCGGCGGGGUGGGGGCGGCGUGGAGGCGGGGGGCGCGGGGGACGCCGGGAGCGCCGGGGGACGCGCAGGACGCGCGGGGGCGCCGGCCGGCGGCGGGCACCGGCACGCGUGCGCCGAGUGCGGCAAGACGUACGCAACGUCGUCGAACCUGAGCCGCCACAAGCAGACGCACCGCAGCCUGGACAGCCAGCUGGCGCGCAAGUGCCCGACGUGCGGCAAGGCGUACGUGUCCAUGCCGGCGCUGGCAAUGCACGUGCUCACACACAACCUGCGCCACAAGUGCGGCGUGUGUGGCAAGGCCUUCUCGCGGCCCUGGCUGCUGCAGGGCCACAUGCGCUCGCACACCGGCGAGAAGCCGUUCGGCUGCGCGCACUGCGGCAAGGCCUUCGCCGACCGCUCCAACCUGCGCGCGCACAUGCAGACGCACUCCGCCUUCAAGCACUACCGCUGCCGCCAGUGCGACAAGAGCUUCGCGCUCAAGUCCUACCUCCACAAGCACUGCGAGGCCGCCUGCGUCAAGGGUGCCGAGCCGCCGCCGCCGCCGCCCGCCGCCGGCCUCGCCAGCUGAGCCUCCCGCCGCGCGCCCGCGCCGGCAACUCGCUCCACUCGCGCCCCGGGUACCCCACCUGCUCCCUCUUGAAACCCCAGCUACGUUUCCCUGCCCACGCCCCCCGUGGGGACCACGUCCUCCCAGCCUGGAACUUUUCUCUCCAGCCCCCAAACCACAACUCAUACCCCGCGUUGUCUUCCCCAGCGCAUUCCCACCUACGUCGCCCUUUCCCGCUACCAACACUCGGACCUUGACCCCCUGUCCGUGCCCUCAAGGCUCCCAACUCAGGCAUCAGGUCCGCGCCUCUCCCGGGCCCAGAGCUGGAAUUUUCUCUUGCCCAGACACUGCACCUCUCCCCUCCUAGCGUUCAGACGUUUCCUCUCACUUAGCUUAGUUACUCUCACCAUUCCUCUAUUGGAGCACCCAAUCUAAGGCCCAAACCCUCCCUUGAUUCUCAUGCCAGCUUUGGUUUUCCCACCCACACCUCAGAGGCAGCCCCAGACCUCAUUCCAACCCCAGACCAUCCCUCUGGCCUCUCUGCUGUUUCCCUGUGUGUGUCCCUCCCGAACCCCUCCAUUCCCUGGCCUUAGGUCCAGAUACUCACACACCACCGCCACCACCCACACUCUGGGCCUCGGGGGCCUUCUCACCCACUCGCACCUGCUACUUUCUCCAGACCCCUCAUCCCUCGAGCAGCUCUCACCGCUUUGAGUUCUGACCUGGGGCAGACUUGAGGGGCAGUUCGGGCCUGUCCCUUAAGGCAGCCCCUCUCGCACCAGGGGACAGCCCCUCCCUGGGCUUCCGGCCUCACGCAGCCCUCUCCCCAGAUUCUCUGAGCACUUUCCCCACCCCCAAGACUACAGGGACUCCUCCUCAUUUGUUGGGGGUUAGUCUGGGGCACCUCACAAAUGCCCUUAUCCUGUCUGGCUGGGCCUUUCCAGUUAUUUAUUUGUGUAUUUAUUUAUUUAUCUAUUUAUUAUUCUAUUUAAUCUCUUGGCCUCACCCAGGGACAGUCUGGCUUCCCCAGCUGGACUGGGAGGUCAGGGAGAGGGGCAGCAAAGGCCAUAGAGGGCUGUUCCGGCUCCCCCGCCACGCCCUGUCUUGGGUCGUGAAGGAGAAGCCCCCGCCCUCAUCGGAGCCUGAACUCUUUGGGGAAAGGGACACGGAAAUGGGAGGAUCGCCUGCUGACCUUCAACUGGGGGAUGGGACGGCAAGGGGUGUCAAGGUCCAGUCAUGGGGCAGGUCCCCAGCAUCCUGAGCCUUCCACUCCCAUUCCAGGGAGACCGGAGAGAGGAGCCUCCUGAUUUGUUUCCUAUUUAUUCCUCUUCUCGAGGGACCCCAGGUUCCAGGGACCGACUGAGCCCCGGACCCCGCUGGGGCCUCAGGCCCGCUUUGCUCCCCGGGAGGAACGCUCCCUCCCGGCCACGUCUAUGCAACUCUCCCGGGCAGAGGGGCAGAGGAUGUCAACCGCCCCCUCCCCCGACCCCCCGUUGGCCGCCACUACCUCCCCCGCCGCGCUUUGGCAUGCCCGGGUGAGGACCGAAGCACACACCUCCACGCUCACGGGGCCGGCCCCCUCUGCUUUAAGCACACGCCUCUGCCCCAUCGCUAGGCGCCAGCUCUGGGGCGGGAGUCUUGGACUCCUACCCUUCUCUCCCUCGCCACAAAGGUGGAUGGAGACUGGAGGGGCCCCUGGAGCAGCGGCACUUCUCUAGGGCUUCUCAGCUCUAGGCGCACCCGGGUAGGGAGGCGGCAGGGAUGAGGGGAGGGAGAGGGGUCGCAGAAGCAAUUACGGAGGGUGUUGACCCUGUAAAUACGAACUUCCGACAGCAAUAAUUUUCCGUGCAUGCUAAGCCUUUUGGCCAUAUUUUGUAUCAGCGCUUGGCGCUCCCCCUUUCUCCUCCCCGUCUCCCGCCCCAGAUCCCAUCCCUUCCUCACUUCCAGCAGUAUUACUUGUAACGCAAUUCAGGGAUAUUAAAGGGACUUUGGCCACUCA